ACAGAGCACCUCGCCAAAGACUCCUCCCGAAUCCACCAAGAUGUCAAGUGCCAACCCCUCGGGUCACAACUUGAUGGAAACCAAAAGUGGAGAGGAAGAGGAAGAUCCCUUUGACAAAAUGAUCUCCCGCACCGGUUGCGCCUCUUUCCACUAUGCGGUGCAGGAGUGCAUGGCUGAACAUCAGGACUGGCGGAAAUGCCAGGAGCAGGUGUGGAGCUUCAAGGAUUGCAUGAUGGAACAUGAGAGGCAGAGGAUGGCAGAGCUCCACAGGAGACAGAAACAGCAUCAAUCACAAGCUGACAAGAACCAGCUUUGCACAAAGGGCAGUUCCCUUGCUUGGCUUGGCGGAAGUAUUUAGAUAUUGGUAGUGCAGCACAGAGGUUGAGUCCUGGGGAAACUGUUGCUGUGGGAGGUCGUUCAAAGAGAUGGGAAGUAACAGCAUGCAUUACUCUUGCAGUAACCCCUGGCUAAAUUCUUCUGGUUUUUUUUAACAGAACAAGCAAAACUUACUUUCUUGCCAAAAAUAA